ACAGCAAAGAAAACAGAAAUCAAACGUUGCAAAACCCAGUUUCUAAUUCUCUCUCUCUCUCUCUCUCUCUCUCUCUCUCUCUCUCUCUCUCUGUGACCACCACACUUUUGCUUUUACACAAACCAAAGGCCGAACCUUUUUUUAUGGUAUUUUUUCUGGUCUGUCGUUAUUGUUCGUGACAUCGCUGCCUGUUUGGUUUCCGGGAAAAUUUUUGUUUUUUCUCUCACUUUCCGGGAAUGGUUGCUGUGCCCAACACUCUUCUUUCUUCGCUGCCCUGCGCAAUCAUCUCCUCAUGAUCUCAUUUGUUUUGCCGAAGCUGGUGUGUGUAGUUUUUUCCUAACCCUUUGUGUUUUCUGGAUUUAUUUUGUUGUAUUUUUUCUGGGUUUUGCUUUUUACUUAGAAUUAUCGGCUUUUGAGAUUUGAAAUUGUAGUCCUGGUGGGAGUGUUUGAUUUGGUUGAAUGUAUAAAGUUUUGGUUUUAGUAAAAAAAGUCGGGAUUUUUCAUGGUUUAGGGGGUAUUUGGGGCUGAGAUUUGAUCUGGGGUUUGAAAAUUUUAGCUCGAUUUUUAUAGGGUGGUUGAUUUUUCUGGAUUUUGGAGAUGAAGAUUGAGAUGGGUUUAGGAGGAGGGGUUUGGGAUGAUGAAGAUAAAGCCAUGGUUGCUGCAGUUUUAGGAACCAGAGCUUUCGAUUACUUGAUUUCGAGCGCGGUUUCCUCGAAUGAGAAUUCAUGUAUGGGUAUAGGGACUGAUGAAAAUUUGCACAACAAGCUCUCGGAUCUCGUGGAGCGUCCGAAUGCAUCGAAUUUUAGCUGGAAUUAUGCCAUUUUCUGGCAGAUUUCUAGGUCCAAGUCUGGGGAUUGGGUUCUGUGUUGGGGUGAUGGUUCUUGUAGAGAACCUAAGGAAGGUGAAGUGUCCGAAACCACGAGGAUUCUCGGUCUUAGGCUUGAUGAUGGGACCCAGCAGAGGAUGAGGAAGAUAGUGCUGCAAAAGUUGCACAAUUUGUUUGGGAGCUCAGAUGAGUAUAAUGGUGCUCUUGGAUUAGACCGAGUCACCGAUAUGGAGAUGUUCUUGCUUGCGUCCAUGUAUUUUUCGUUUCCAAGAGGAGAGGAGGGUCCUGGCAAGUGCUUUGCAUCUGGGGAGCAUGUCUGGCUCUUGGACUUGUUGAAAUCAGGGUCGGAGUAUUGCGUUCGAUCGUUUCUUGCUAAGUCUGCUGGAAUUCAGACCAUUGUUUUAGUCCCAACAGAUGUUGGUGUAGUUGAAUUGGGUUCAGUGAGAUGCAUAGGGGAGCGUUUAGAGUUGUUGCAGUCCAUAAGGUCACUGUUCUCUACACAGUCCUCGCACAUGAGGGCUAAGCCAGUGGCAGGUGUGCCGAUGAUUGGAAGGAGGAGAGAUGAAAAUGUCCACCUAACUAAUCUGAGCCCUGUGGAGAGAGGGGAAGCAGUUCCCAAGAUUUUCGGGCAAGAUUUGAACUCAGGAAACUCAGUUCGGCCUCGUUAUAGAGAAAAACUUGCUGUUAGAAAGUUGGAGGAGAGGCCCUGGGAUGUGUACUCAAAUGGGAAUAGGAUUGCAUUUUCAAGUCCUCGAAAUGGUAUUCAUGGUUCGAAUUGGCCGCACAAUCAUGAUGUGAAACAGGGGAGCCCAACUGAGAAGUAUGCUUCUCAAAGUCCGGUGAAUAAUUUACAGGAGCUUGUCGAUGGGGUCAGGGAUGAUUUUCGUCAUAACCAUUAUCAACCACAGAAGCAGGUGCCGAUGCAAAUCGACUUUUCAGGGGCCACUUCAAGGCCUUCCGUGGCUCCCCGGCCCAUUGGUGUGGAUUCUGAAAAUUCAGACGCUGAAGCUCCAUGCAAGGAAGACCAGCCAGGCACAGCUGAUGAAAGGAGGCCACGGAAAAGGGGUAGGAAGCCUGCAAAUGGAAGAGAAGAGCCACUCAAUCAUGUGGAGGCAGAGAGGCAGCGGCGGGAGAAGCUAAACCAGCGGUUUUAUGCUUUAAGAGCUGUUGUGCCCAAUAUAUCCAAGAUGGACAAAGCAUCCUUGUUGGGAGAUGCCAUUGCUUACAUCAACGAGCUCCAGGCGAAGCUUAAAGUCAUGGAAGCAGAGAGGGAGAACCUCGGGGGCACUUCAAGAGAUGCUUCAGCCUUGGGGGCUAGCUCAGGUAUGGAAAUUCAGAACCAGGCACCUGAGGUUGAUAUUCAAACUGUUAAUGACGAGGUUAUUGUAAGGGUGAGCUCCGCUUUGGAUUCACACCCUGCAUCAAGAGUCAUCGAAGCAUUCAGAGAGGCACAAAUCACGGUUGUUGAGUCAAAACUUGCAGCAGCAGACGACACUGUGCUCCAUACAUUUGUUGUCAAGUCUCAAGGAUCGGAGCGGUUGACGAAGGAGAAGUUGAUUGCAGCAUUUUCCCGGGAAUCCAACUCUUUACAUUCAUUGUCAUCAGUCGGGUAGUGCAAGCACUGCAGUUAACAUAGUCCAUAGGUAUAGUACUGAAAGAACCCAUUUAAAAGUUUCUUCAGAUGUUUUUGAUAUACAGCAGGGAAUCCGAAAAGGAAUCGCAUUGCUAGCUAGAAUUAGAGACAAAUAACUACCUAAUGACCAAGUAGGGGAGCAAAAUCUCUGUGAUUAUUUUAUAGCAUACAUAGUUUGUGAUGUAUUCAUGCAAGUUCGAUUACAUUUGUAAGUUUAACCGACCCUCAAAUUGUUGGUUAUGAAGAAACUGAUAGAUUUAUUUUGUUUCUUAAAUCUUAGUUUCAUUGCUUUCUCUCCA